CCCUGCUGGUUGCACCCUCUCUCAUUCUGUCUCAUUCCAGACAGGGUUAACAUCUCCUCUGUCUGUGCCAGGAACACCCAGCUGAGGAGGAGAGAGCCGGAGAGCGAGAAGUGGGAUUCUUCCUUUUCUUUUUCGGAUUCUCCUUUCCUCCCUCCCCAUCGCCGUAGAGACGGUCUCCGGGGCGAGCGAAGGUGUCAGCGUGCGGAGAGGCAGGGGAAGCAUAGCAACCGGACUUCAGGAUGAAGAAGGUCCAGGAGCACCAUCUCCGGGAGCCCAUAAUUCCAGACCUACUGAUGACCCCCAGCGACCAAGGAGAUGGGGACCUGGAGAUGGAGUACCCAGCAGAGAGAGGGAACUGGACCGGGAAGCUGGAUUUCCUUCUCUCUUGUAUUGGCUACUGUGUGGGGUUGGGGAAUGUGUGGCGGUUUCCGUACAGAGCUUACACCAAUGGGGGAGGAGCUUUCCUUGUUCCUUACUUCAUCAUGCUGGCAAUAUGUGGGAUCCCCAUCUUCUUCAUGGAGCUCUCGCUAGGCCAGUUCUCCAGCCUGGGGCCACUUGCCGUCUGGAAGAUAAGCCCGCUCUUUAAAGGUGUCGGGAUGGGCACGAUCCUGAUUGUCUCUCUGGUGGCCAUUUACUAUAACAUGAUCAUUGCUUACGUGCUCUUCUACCUCUUCGCGUCCCUGACAAGCAACUUGCCCUGGGAGCACUGCGGCAACUGGUGGAACACCGACCUCUGCUUGGAUCACCAGGUCAUCAAGGCAGGGAAUGCUGCCAUCCCAUUCAACAUCACCAACACCGUCAGCCCGAGCGAGGAGUACUGGAAUCGUUAUGUUCUGCAUAUCCAAGGGAGCUCUGGGAUCGGGGAUCCUGGGAGAAUCCGCUGGAAUCUGUGCCUGUGUCUACUGCUCUCCUGGGUCAUUGUGUACCUCUGUAUCCUCAAGGGAGUCAAAUCCUCCGGCAAGGUUGUGUAUUUCACUGCCACAUUCCCUUACUUCAUCCUGAUCAUGCUGCUUAUUCGUGGCGUGACACUGGAGGGGGCCUGGAUAGGAAUCAAGUUCUACCUCACACCCCAGUUUGAUCACCUGCUGUCUUCCAAGGUGUGGAUAGAGGCAGCUUUGCAGAUCUUCUACUCCCUUGGGGUGGGCUUCGGGGGACUGCUCACUUUCGCGUCUUAUAACACCUUCCACCAGAAUAUUUACAGGGAUACAUUUAUCGUCACCCUGGGCAAUGCCAUCACCAGCAUCCUGGCCGGGUUUGCCAUCUUCUCUGUCCUGGGCUACAUGUCGCAGGAGCUGGGCAUCCCUGUUAACCAAGUGGCAAAAGCAGGUCCCGGCUUGGCUUUCGUGGUGUACCCCCAGGCCAUGACAAUGCUUCCUCUUUCUCCACUCUGGUCUUUCCUUUUCUUCUUCAUGCUGCUGACCCUGGGCCUGGACAGCCAGUUUGCCUUCAUGGAGACCAUUGUUACCGCAGUGACCGAUGAGUUUCCUUAUUACCUGCGGCCCAAGAAGGCUUUUUUCUCGGCCAUCAUCUGUAUCGCCAUGUACCUGAUGGGUCUCAUUCUCACGACAGAGGGCGGGAUGUACUGGCUAGUCCUGCUGGAUGACUACAGUGCUGGGUUUGGACUCAUGAUGGUGGUGAUUACAACCUGCCUGGUGGUGACACGUGUCUAUGGCAUGAAGCGGUUCUGCCGGGAUAUUCACAUGAUGCUGGGCUUCCAACCAGGGCUGUACUUUAAAGCCUGCUGGAUGUUCCUGUCCCCGGCAAUGAUGAUGGUAACUGGCCCUGCUAGUGUACAAUAUAGUGAAGUACCAGCCCUCAGAGUAUGGGAGUUAUCGUUUCCCAUACUGGGCCGAGGUCCUGGGCAUCCUGAUGGGGCUGUUCUCCUGCCUGAUGAUCCCCGCAGGGAUGGUGGUCGCGGUGCUCAGAGAAGAAGGGACGCUGUGGGAGAGAAUCCAGCAAGCCAGCCGGCCAGCCAUGGACUGGGGCCCUUCUCUGGAGGAGAACAGAACCGGCAUGUACGUGGCUACCUUGGCCGGCAGCCAGUCCCCCAAACCCUUGAUGGUCCACAUGAGGAAAUACGGGGGAAUUACCAGCUAUGAGAACACAGCCAUCGAGGUGGACAGGGAGAUUGAGGAGGAAGAGGAGUCCAUGAUGUGAGGAGGCCACGAACCCGGUGGGGAGCAGAGAAUGGGGGACUGCACCCCUGAACUUGCACAGUUGCACUUAGGCACUUCGGGCCGGUUAACAGGCCUUUCUAAAGGCAGCUGCGAGUUGCUGACCUUCCAGCAUCCCACGGGACGCCCUGGCCUCUCCAGGAGAACGCUGCUGAGAAUUCCAGUGUUGCUGAGAUUUUCGUUCAGUGUGGCAAGCUGUGUAAUGAAUGUGUGUGUUAGCUCUCCAGUAUCUGGGACCAGCUGCCCGGACCCUACCCUGCUCCAGGCCUGCCCCAGCCUGCCUGGGGGCCCUCCGCCCAGAGUUAUGACUCACUGACCCCUGUGUAAAGACUGCGACACGCACCCCCUUUGCACUCCUUUUGCCCCGGCAUCAGCGAGCAAGGCAGUGGAGAACAAG